AAUUAAUUAAAAUGGCACCUUCAAAAUCACCAAAGGCUGAUGCAGCUAAAAAGACAGUCAAAACAGUAAAGACAAAGAAAGGAUCAGAUGACAAAAAAAAGGCAAGAAGACGAUAAGAGACAUUCGCUCUUUAUAUUUACAAGGUUUUGAGAUAAGUUCACCCAGAAAUUGGUGUUUCAAGAAAAGCUAUGAACAUUAUGAAUUCAUUCAUCAAUGAUAUCUUUGAUAGAAUUGCUCUUGAAGCUAGCAAAUUGGUUAGAUUCAAUAAGAGAAGAACUCUUAGUUCAAGGGAAAUCUAAACAGCAGUCAAAUUGCUUCUUCCAGGAGAAUUGGCCAGACAUGCCAUCUCAGAAGGAACAAAAGCAGUCACCAAAUAUACAAGUGGUUGAUUUAUUCAAUUUAAUUCAAAUAACAUUAUAAUAG